UACUGAUUUAGUCAGACAUAUGUCGCUAUCCAAACCUGAGAUGUUGAAAAUUGCUAUUAAAGUCUUUUUCCUCAUCUCCAGUCGUCAUUUGCAUUGCUUUUUCUAAGAAACGUUGGUGUCCAGUUUAUAUUUUAAUUAUUUUGCUCUCCUUUUUUGCCCACAACACACCGAAAGCUAGAAAUUGUAAGCAUCAGUGAUUAUUUACUGGGGUAUAAAUGUGUGUUUUUACACGCCUCCCUGCACUGCCUCCUACGAAUGUAUAUUUAAACAUCAUAUACCCUUUAGUUACACUGUCUCCUUAAACCAGAGCAUCCUCCUCGCCUCAAUCCAUUGGUGCGUCCUACACCAAUAGCAAGCUGAAGUAUACAAAGAGAUCUACUCCCUCCCCUUUCUAUUGUGCCACUGCUCUCAGAAGAGGAGCUUCACCCUGGCGCGCGGUAUAUGCGGAAAUUUGGUCUCUUAUUCUGUCAGCAGGAAACGGAUGUUUCAUUUUGCAAUGCGUUUCAAAGUAAUUUCUAACACUUCACGUCGAUAUUUGUGCAAAUAGACACAUUGAGGAUAAAUAUGCGCAGAAAAUGCUGGAUUGCCGGGCUGCUCUAUGCGUUCGCUGUGUGGAAUAUUACCAAGGCGCAGAUUCGCUACACAAUACCAGAGGAGCAAAACGAGGGCACUGUGGUUGGAAAUAUCGCCAAAGACCUGGAUUUACAAUUAUCUGACGCGUUUGAACGGAAUUUGCGGAUUGCUGUCGAGUCUGGUAAGCAGUAUUUCGGCGUGGAUCCAACAAAGGGUGAACUGGUUGUGAAGGAGAGAAUUGACAGGGAGAAUUUAUGCCCUCAAAGUGCUACAUGCAUUCUUCCUUUGGAGGCUAUUACCGAAAAUCCUUUGCAAUUGCACCGAUUUGAAAUAGAAAUUCAGGACAUUAAUGACAAUUCUCCAGUUUUCCAAAAUAAAGAAAACACUUUGAAUAUAGCCGAGUCAAUCGCUCCUGGUGCAAGGUUUCGUUUAGAAUCAGCCCAGGAUCCAGAUGUGGGAUCAAAUUCACUGCGAACUUACACACUGAGCAAAAAUGAGUAUUUUGUACUAGAUGUGAAACUAGCUAAAGAUGGAUCUCGUGUGCCAGAGCUUGUUUUAGAAAAAUCUUUGGACAGAGAAAAACAGUCAAUAGUCAGUCUCACGCUUACUGCUUUAGAUGGUGGAAAACCUGCAAGAUCCGGCACAACAAAAAUCUCCGUUCGUGUACUUGACACAAAUGAUAACGCUCCAGUUUUUGAAAAACCUCAAUAUGACGAGCAAAUCACAGAAAACACGGCCCCAGGAGUGGUUGUGCUUACCGUAAGAGCUAUAGAUCUAGAUGAAGGCGCAAACAAAGAAAUGAGCUAUUCGUUUGGUCCUCACACACCAGACACGCUAAGCUAUUUGUUUUCUGUUGAUCCAGGUACUGGCGAGAUUAAGGUAAAAAAUAAGAUAGAUUACGAGACAGACAGGUCCUUUGAUUUUGAUAUUGUAGCCAGAGACAAAGGCAAUCCCCCAAUGGAGGGCGUGUGUAGUGUCCAUUUGGAUAUAUUAGAUAUGAACGAUAAUGCACCAGAGAUCAUAUUAAAAUCUUCACCCAGUCCUGUCCGGGAAGACGCUCCUGCUGGCACAGUAGUAGCUUUAAUAAGUGCCAAAGACUUAGACAAAGGUGAUAAUGGUCAGGUUACUUUGACUUUAUUACCUGGAACGCCAUUUUCCUUAAAAACAUCUUUAUCAAAUCAUUACACGUUAAUCACAGAUCAGAAACUGGACAGAGAAGCGCACUCUGCAUAUACUGUUGUGAUUGUUGCUGCUGAUUCAGGAUCACCACAGCUCACGUCUCAGCAAGAAAUACUCGUAAAGGUUUUAGAUGUAAACGAUAACGCACCUGUUUUUACGCAAACAUCAUACGUUGCCCACGUUAAAGAAAACAGCGCUGCUGGAUCAAUAUUAUGUUCGGUGUCGGCUUCUGAUCCAGAUCAGGGAGAAAAUGCUAAAAUUUCUUAUUCGAUUUUAGACUCUAGAGUACUCGACGCACCACUGUCAUCUUAUAUCUAUAUAAAUUCAGACAACGGGAGCAUUUUUAGCAUGCACUCAUUUGAUCACGAAAAGGUGAAAGUAUUUCAGAUCCAAGUCCAAGCGAAAGAUCACGGCUCUCCGUCUCUGAGCAGCAAUGCCACGGUACAUGUUUUUAUUGUGGACCAGAACGACAACGCCCCCGCUGUCAUUUACCCCUCCGCACUCAUGGGCUCCGUGUCUCAUCAGAGAAUGCCCCGCUCCGCUAAAGCAGGACACCUCGUUACUAAAGUCACAGCAGUGGACGCUGACUCGGGCCAUAACGCCUGGAUUUCCUAUCGGCUAGCGGAGGCCACGGACGCGUCUCUGUUCACUGUCACUUUACAUACAGGAGAGGUGAGGACUAAGCGCUCUGUUUCAGAGCAGGACGAUUCCUCUCAGAGACUGCUCAUAGAGAUAAAGGACAACGGAGAACCGCUGCAGUCCACCACAAUCACUGUGGAUAUACUGAUAGAGGACGGCUUUCAUGAACCAAUCGCAGACUUUAGACACAAACACACAGAACCUGAGAAGAAAAAUAGCAAAAUCACAUUAUAUCUCAUCAUUUCUCUUGCCUCCGUGUCAUUGUUGUGUUUGGUGACAUUUUUGGUCUUGUUGGUAAAAUGCGCUCGAAGCAGUAGAGGCAGCUCGAGCUGCUGUAUCAGACGGAGCGAUUGUGAAUAUAAAAACCCCAACAGAAACCUGCAGAUCCAGCUCAACACUGACGGACCCAUUAAAUAUGUGGAGGUGCUGGGAGGAGACAUGAUGUCUCAGAGUCAGUCCUUCGGCUCGUAUCUCUCUCCAGUGUCCGAAUUCAGUGAUUUCACCCUCGUUAAGCCCAGCAGCACCACAGACUUUACAAACACUCUGAGCGUGCUGGAUGCGUCUUUACCGGACAGCACGUGGACGUUUGAGUGUCAGCAGGUGAGAGUGUGA